GUCCGCAAUCCCGCAAUAAAAAGAGGGCGACAAGAGGAGAAAAUUUACAGAUCUCGAGAAGACUUGAGAGCUGAGAGACGAGAAAAACUAUAGGCUCCUUCGAGGUAUAAUUUGCACUUCGUUCAGGAUCACGAAGAUAAAUUGCUCUAUGAAGAUGAGAAUGUCACGACUCCCGCAUUUAGCAAUUUUCUUCUUCGCUGCUUCCGUUCAUCUUCUCCUGUUCUCCAUCUGCCCAGUCAGCAGUCGCAUUUAUCGAACGAACGAUGCCGUCGUCAUUGAAGUUGACGAUGUGAGACCCAGCACCUUCGCGAAUCGAAAUUUCGCAAAUCCUGCGCCGAUCCCGAUGAUGUACGCAGUCAAUCCGUACACCAUCCUCUUGUCCCAGCCAUACUCAAACUUUCCGUUUUGGCCGUAUCCUCUCUACCAGCAGCCGGCGAGCAGCAGUGUCCCUGAUGUCGAAGAUGUUGCAGCAACUUCCUCUGAAUCUAAGCAGCAGAAAAUUAACUGCGGUGUCGGACCUCCUUCACCACCUCAACGUUCUCUACCAGUUGCUGCUAUCGUCGGUGGAUCCGAAGCUAUCCCGAAUUCUUGGCCGUUUAUCGCGGGUCUGAGGAUUGCCGGAAGAAGUUCUGUGUUUUGCGGAGGAUCCAUCAUUUCACCGACGAGAAUCCUUACAGCGGCCCAUUGCGUGGAAAAAAUGUCUGCGUUCAACAUUUCGACAAUGACUGUGAAUCUUGGCAUGCACAACCAAACAGGAAACGACGCAGAUCACACGAGGAGGGUUAGUCGCGUUGUCUACCACAUUGCAUACAAUGCCAACACAAAUCAAAACGACGUUGCCGUCUUGACGAUAGACCCACCCAUCGUUUACUCGGCUGCCGUUUCGCCCGUUUGCUUGCCACGAGCCAGUUCCGCCGUCGAUCAAUUCGCCGGCAAAGAUGCGGCCAUUAUGGGAUGGGGAAGAGAAAAUGAAAAUGAUACAAUUCCACCCGAUGUACUUAAGCAAGCUACCGUCCAAAUUAUUCCUAAUGCAGAUUGUAAGACGCAAUAUGCCGUAGGUGGUGUGGAAAUGGAAAUAACAAAUCAGCAACUCUGCGCAAGUGCUGAUGGAAGAGACACAUGCCAAGGUGACAGUGGAGGUCCAAUUGUCGUCCAAGCUGGUUCUACUACUGCAUGGACCCAAGUCGGCAUCACCAGCUUUGGAAAUGGCUGUGCGAAACCAAACUUUGCUGGCGUUUACGCGAGUGUGGCAUUUUUCAGGAACUGGAUUAAUACCUACAUGAAUAGCUAAACACCAUCCGAUGAAUCAUAAGACCGGACCACACAGUUCUAUGGGUGCUGUCUAAAACCCGCGUGCUGAUAAUUCCCAAUUUUUCCAACGCAAGAAAUUCCAGUCCACUCACAUUUUUACGGGCUCUUUUAUUUCCUGGCCGGUUUUCUUAUUCUUAAUUAUUUAUAUUCUAUCCACCGUACAUUUCAAAUUUUAUAUUCUUUGACAUAAUUUUAUUAUGAUUAUUAACUUCUCUUUUGGACUUUUUGGUGGAACGUUUUGGGAUUGUAUGAAAAAAAAAUUAUUUGCGUCGAAUUCUGAAUAAACGACAUGCAAAUUAAAAUUCAAUCAUGUCCUACGACGUGCAGAAAGCCCAAUGCCCAAAUCAUAGGGAAAUGGUAAUUUACAAAAAUUGUUGAUUGAAUAUAAUUAUAGUGUGUUUUGAGUGUUAUUUUAAGCGCAUGAAAUAAUCAAACUACACAAAAAUGAUUUUGGGUUUUCUU